AUGAAAGUAUACAACGAAUUUGGAAGGCCCCAAAUUGACACUUGUUGUGAAUGUGAACUGCUCAAUACUACAAUAAAAAAGCCUCAGUUCAAUGAAACAGCAAAACGAGUUGCAGUUGCGCAGCUACUUGUGCAUAAGAGGCGUAGCAAAAAGUUUUAUUCAUCCCUUCGACAGAGGAAAGAAUACUGUGCCGAACAAGAAAAGGCGAUGCUUUUAUGUUUUGAUUAUAUGGCAAACAUAUCGCUUCCCACGAUUAAAGUGCAGGAAAAAUACGACCUUAGACAACUGUGCGUCUAUCCGUUUGUCAUACACAAUAGUAAUAAAGACCCUGCAACAUUUUAUUUGUACCACCAGGGAGUUGCUGGAAAGGGUAGUAAUGAAGUUUGUUUCUUCUUGAAGAAGUCAAUUGACGAGAAUGUUCCAGCUAAUGUAGAUGAAGUUUACUUAUACACUGACAUCUGUACAGGACACAAUAAAAAUUAUACGAUGAUAAGGUUGUUAAUGCAACCUACAGAUAGUGGAAGAUUUAAAAAAGUUGUCUAUAGACUUCCAAUAAGGGGUCACUCCUAUUUGCCAUGUGACAGGGUCUUCGGCCUUGUGAAACAUGAUAGAUUCUACACCUUGAAAGAUAUAACAGAAAUACAGAAAUAA